AUGAACCACAAGAGCCAUAUCCUUCUGGACGACGAAGAGGCUGCCAACGACGACAAGGACAAGGAUUAUCGGCAGUUUCCAGAUGUCGCCACCGAUGCAGUCGUCCACGAUGCGUACCACUCGUUUGGCGCUGCUACCCCCAAGAAGCAAGUGGACAAGAAGAUCUUUUUGCCACUCUACGCUGCAACGGCCUCUUGUCUGAUCCUUCUUCCCGUGCUACCACUGUUUCUACGAGUAAUUUUGGUGACUGCCUGGGCCAUUUUGUUCAUUUGGACACCUCUGUAUUAUCUGUACCACUACGAUCCCGACAAUCAGACUGAUGCCUCCUGCUGCUCUUCUGCGUGCUGCGCCCAAGAUAACACUCUCAAGACUUAG